GAAACACGGUCAAAUACAGUAUCACAACAUCUGUAAUGCAUUUUUCUUAUUUUAAUGCAAGUAUAAUAUAACUAUGCCAAGUAAUAAACUGAAAUCUGUGGAUUUUGAAGUUCAUGGAGAUGUGCAAGGUGUUUUCUUCAGGAAGUAUACCAGGGAUACUGCUAGAGCUCAUUCCUGUGUUGGUUCGGUCAGUAACACAUACCGCGGUACUGUGAUUGGCGUGGUACAAGGGUUGCCGGAAAAUGUGGAAUUUAUGAAGAGGUGGCUACAGACGACAGGGAGUCCUAUGAGUGAUAUAGAGAAAUGUGUGUUCACCAAUGAAAGAGAAAUCACUGCACUACAAUAUCAGUCGUUUAAAAUCCGUUGACGACAGCUUUACAGAACUGCUGCUACCGAAGAGGACUCACCCGAGCUGUGUGAAUCAAAUGGUGUGAUGUUGGCUUUAGUUUGAGCAUAUAAUGACUUCCUAUUUAAGGCGCAAAUUCCAUUUCACCGUAAUACGUAUACAUAUAUGUAUACGCAAUUCAAUAUACAUGGAGUUAUCGGAUACGCACACGCGUACUGAGGGCACAUACAUGGAAUCCACGUGCAUGGGAAGUGAUUAAUGCGGAUUAGUCAUUACGUAUUACGUAUAUGCAUGCGGAAUACGUACACAUGGAAUUUGCGUCUGAUACGUGUGUCAAACAACACCAUGCACCUUCCUAAACCGUUAUGUUUCUGUUUUAAUUAAAGGACUGUUGAACAAUUACGUAGGGCAAAAUCGGAUAUUUAUAUCCCGUACCUAAUAUAACGUGCUGUAUCGCUAAAACCAUCCCUCCCCUCUAAAAUUAUGUAGCGCUGUUUUCAUCUCCCCACACCCUUCCAUUGUCACUAUGAUGCAGUUGUAUUUUUUUCUGUAAAAUUAAUUAUUUAAUUAAAAACAACAACAAAACAAAACGAACAAAAACAUCUGUAACAUCUGUAAUAGGACACUUGAUCAUGAUUGGCUGAAGUUAAUUUAUUAAUUUAAACUACAUGCGGUUUUUAAACGUUGAAAGACAUACUCAUUAUUUCCUUAUAGCACAUCCUGUGAUCCACCCCACCUUCCCAAAUUUCGCCAGCCAAGUGCCUUUUUCUGUACCGAUGCUCCAAACGAAUAGUACAGGAUUCUCGACUUGUGAAGUUGCCAUAGAGCGUUACGUUUUUGUUGAAGGGUUUCCAAGUGUAACAACCUGAUUUAUAGUGUUUUGGAAGUAAUUAACCAGGAAUGUGCACUAAUGUAGCCAGGAUUUUAUACCGAGAGUGUGUUUUGGAGGCGACGGGAAGAGCGGUGUGUGUGUGUGUGUGUGUGUGUGUGUGUGUGUGUGUGUGUGUGUGUGCGGGAGGGGGAUCUAUCCAAACAAACUCCCAAACUAGUAAGGAUUGUAAGGCAGGCCAGUAUAUAGGUAGAAGGGGAAAACAUUUAAAUAGAGGUGGGGUGGGAGUGUCAUAUCCCCCGCAAACUACCCCAGUGGAAUCUGAGUAAAUCACUAAAGGAUUUGAAUCACUAAAUGAUGUGAAUCACUAAAUAUGAUGAUGAUCACGACGGUCAUUUGUGUUUUUGCUGAUAUCCAAGCUUCUAACAUGUUGUUCAGAGCAUAUAUCUCAGCUAAUUUAACAAGCCCUGUGAUAAAAGCUAAGUUUGUUAUUACAAAAUGUCCGUUAUUAAUGCAGAAGUUUUGUUAGCAUUUGUUAGUUGAUGUGAAGUCCUCGUUAGUAUGUGAAUUGCUUAUCAAAUCACCACUACAGUUCAAAACGCUAGUAAUGGUAACGUACUACAUAGCUUGAGUGUCCUUUAGCCGCAUUUCUUAUAACAUGGCUUGAGUAUCGUUAAGUGCUUUAUCUAAACUACACAUACUUUCUUACAUCUAUUGCUACAGACCUUUUGUUUGAAAUUGAUUAUUUUGGAGUUCACUCAUAUCAUUAAACGUUUAUGUUUCCGACAGCCCUAUCCGAAACACAGUCACCAGGUUUUAGAUAGGGUGUUCUUCUUGUAUUGUUUAUCAUAUUCACUAACAUGUAAGUUUAAUGUUAUGAGUAAAUCAAAAAAAUAUCUGUGGUAUCUGAUAAUUUUAUACCAAAGGUCGUGGUAUGUGCUCUCCUGUCUGUGGGAUGGUGCAUAUAAAAGAUCCCCUGCAACUAUUGGAAAACAGUAGCGGGUUUCCGCUCUAAGACUAUUUGUCAAAAUUACCAAAUGUUUGAUAUCCAACAGCUGAUGAUUAAUGAAUCAAUGUGCUCUAGAGGUGUCGUUAAACAAAACUAGAUAAUGUGUGUAGCCUACUUACUCUUAGAUACAGUACUUGGAAAGCAUUUGGUUGUCGAAAAUUAAAAGUUUAUUUUUUUCACUCAUAGAGCAUUCUAGCCGUAUUUUCACAUAAAAACAAUAGAGGAUACUUGUGCUAGGUACUGUAAUGGUAAUUAUGUUUCACAUUGUGUAAUGUUAGUCUCAUACUACCAACUGUCACGACGGCGUUGGCAUCGUUGUUAAUCUAAGCGCAUCUGUCGUAAGUUGGGAGUGAUUGAAAUUACAACGCAACUGUCAAGUUGGCCAACUUCGUCGUGAAAGUUGAUAGUCUGAGCCUAGCAUUAGUUUGGGGCCAUUUAAUAAUUAUGGUCUCCUUUUUUACCUGUCCGGAACACUCAAUUUAUUGCAAAUAAUUUUUAAAUGUGUGAUUAUUGUAGAGACAAAAGGCUGUAUAUGUACAGCAUUGGGACUUAGUUUGAAUUAUUAUGUUAAUUUUUUAAUUAUUUGCAAUAAACACAGUGUUACGGACGGCCAGAUUAUGAAGCAUUAUUUGAAAUGGCCCUUUAACAGUCUGAAGAAAGUUUUAAUACUCAACUUCACUUGUUAGUAGGAUCCGACUUCAUUACCGCCACACCAUGUCCAACAUUCCUUUUUUGUGUUGAAGUUUGUUUGAUUCAAACAUAUGUUAACGGUUUUGAAAAACAAAUGGAUUGUUGUCAAUAAAAAUCCAAUUCCAA